AUGGCACUCGGCAGCCAGACCGAUCUGUCUCUAACCGAGAUACGCUUCCUUCAUCGUGAUGAGACCUGCAUGAAGAAAACGAUCCGGUCGAUUCGUGGAGCACAGCGCGUGUACGGGUCCCUCCGCUCUUGCACGUUCACACUAGGAGACGUACGUCCAGCUGCUCUGCCUAUCCCAACUGCGCAGCAGCAGAAAUCCUUGCUCGCCGGAGAGGCUCUCAUCCUACCCCCCGGUAGCCCAGAAAUGAGCCUCAAGAUGAAGUGA